AUGGCCUUAUCGAAAGCAAAGCCCUUGUCUUUAGAAGACUGCCAGUGUCUGCUUUGUAUGGAAUUCCUCAUUGAGCCCAUAACUAUGCCUUGCAACCAUACAAUGUGCAAAUCAUGCUUUAAAGCACUUCUCCGAAAAACAAAUUUAUUCUGCCCCUUCUGCCGCUCCUGGAUCUCUUCAUGGGCUCGGUACCAUACUCAUGUGAACAGUCUUAUCAAUAAGGAACUGUGGGAGAGAAUUCAAACUCAGUACCCAGAGGAAUGCAGACGUAGGACCCCUGGGGAAGAACGGUCUUCACUGGUCUUCAGUGAUCAUUCACCAAUUCGAGUGCUAAGUAAUCCUGGAGAACUGAGGAAAGAAUAUGAAGAGCAGCUGAUUAAGAUGGAGGCCGAGCGCCAGGCCACAAAGGAAAGACAAAACAGAGCCACUGAGGAAUACAUAAAGCAAUUACUGGCAAAGGAAUUGGAGGAGGAAAAAAUAUGGGCAGAAAAGCGCAGACUGGAAGAACGGGAGCAAAGAGAGGAGGAAGAGGCUAAAAAGAGCAGCACGAGUGAUCCAGGCACAUCGCCAAGAAAAAAAAAGCGCAAACGAAAACACUGUGAGGAUGUUCCGAAGUUUUCCCCUCAUCAGCCUCAGCUUGAGUCAGCAUUGCUGUAUGAAACUGUGCAGGACAGCAAGAAAACGUCUGGCAGGGAACACGAAGCGAAAACUGAAGAAAAUAUGUCAGCAGCUACUUUGUUAACAGAUCCGGAGAAUCCUCAACAAGGUACUUCAUAUUCACGUUAUGAGGUUUUUUCUACCUAUGAUGCAAAAGUGGGCAGUUCAGAAGAUGAUACACCAAAACCAAGCUGCUCCAAUCUCAACCGUUAUGUCCCAUCUAAGAAGAUUAAACCUGAAGCUAACAUUCAUACUUCUGCCCAGAUAGAGACUAUGAGCAUAACAGAGGAAACUGGAAACAGCACAAUUGAGGCAAAAGAAAAAAUGUCCCAUCCUUCGAGUGGUAAACAUACUUCUAAAAGAAAGCAUCAGGAAUAUCCAUCUGAAGCUGCCGGUGAGCCUAGCAUUUCUGAUGAAGUAUCCCCUCAAUCUUCCUCGGACAAGGAAUCACAAGACCUCAUUACCAAAAAGCUGAUAGAUUUGGAGAAACUGUAUUAUGAGAAGCAUCUACAAGAAGAACAAGAUAGAUUAUUUGCAUUGGAGCUUCAAAGAGCACUGGAUGAAGAAGAAAUGAGGGAAUCGUGGGGUAAGAAGUCCCCACGGAUCUAUCCAUUCCGUUAUGAUACCGCCAAUCCAGACACCUCAGCAAAAGAGGAUUCCAAAGAUAAGAACAUCUGA